AUGUUUCGGGUGUUUGUGUUUUUAUCGGUAUGUCUAGCAAGUGCCUACGUCGCAUUAGAUGAUGACUUUCUACAUCCAGAAUUUAAAUCUAGAAGUAACAUCGUUGCUAGACCUAAUGUUGCAGAACAUACUGCACAAUAUUGGAUCGACGAGGCCCAAAAAUCAAUCGAAUCACGACGAGCCCACGUCCAAUCUAAGGGUGUAGCUCGGAACGUAGUAUUGUUUUUGGGAGAUGGUAUGUCUGUGCCUACGCUAACUGCAGCACGCACAUUACUCGGUCAGCGCAAUAGACAAACUGGUGAGGAAGCACAGCUUUCUUUCGAGAAGUUUCCUACUGUUGGACUUGCGAAGACCUACUGCGUCAACGCUCAAGUUGCUGACUCAGCCUGUACAGCGACAGCAUACUUGUGCGGAGUGAAAGGCAACUCUGGGACGAUUGGAGUGACGGCGGCUGUGACGCGCCGAAACUGCUUAGCCUCUCUCGACUCCGCUAAUACUGUGGAGUCGAUUGCCGAGUGGGCACUUGCCGAUGGUCGAGAUGCUGGUAUCGUAACAACAACUCGUAUAACUCACGCUUCGCCCGCCGGAGCUUACGCCAAAGUAGCAAGCCGAAAUUGGGAAAAUGACGCUCAAGUGCGACAUGACUUACAAAACCCAAGUCAGUGCCUUGACAUCGCACACCAGCUGGUAAUCUUAGGUGGAGGAAGACGAGAAUUUCGGAAUGCAACCGUAAUAGAUGAAGAAGGUACUGCUGGAGCCAGAUCAGAUGGUCGUGAUCUUAUAGAAGAGUGGAAAAAUGAUAAGAAAUCGCGUAACUUAACCUAUAAAUAUGUUUGGAACCGCGAGCUAUUACAAAAUAUCGAUAUUAACGAAACUGAAUACAUUUUGGGGCUGUUCGAAGGGAGCCAUCUUCAGUACAAUAUGCAGGCAGAUUUGCGCACCGAACCCUCACUGGCAUUACUUACAGAAACUGCUAUCCGAAAGUUGAGCCAAAAUAAAAAAGGAUUCUUCUUAUUUGUCGAAGGUGGUAGAAUCGACCACGCACAUCAUGCAAAUAGGAUACAUCUUGCUUUAGAUGAAACUAUAGAGAUGAGUGCAGCAGUAGCUCGCGCUGUAGAAUUACUUUCCGAAGACGAUUCCCUAAUAGUAGUGACAGCUGAUCACGCGCACGUCAUGUCCUUUAAUGGUUACUCAGUACGGGGAAAAGAUAUCCUAGGACCAUCCGACAGGAGUGAUAGCAACAAUAUUCCUUACAUGACUAUAUCUUAUACAAAUGGCCCAGGAUUUAGGGCACACGUAAACGGCCAACGACCUGAUGUUACACAGGAAGCAAAUUAUGGUACCAUGUCAUGGAGAUCUCACGUGGACGUGCACCUCUCAUCGGAGACGCAUGGGGCGGACGAUGUAGCGGUGUUUGCGCGCGGGCCGUGGCACGGCGUGUUCACGGGGCUGUACGAGCAGAGCCAGCUGCCGCACCUCAUGGGGUACGCGGCCUGCCUCGGCCCGGGCCUACAUGCGUGCAAUGCUGACGACACGCAACAACCACUGCUACUGACUGUUCCGAUUCCGGCCACGGCGGCCAAUCUCAAUGAGAUUAGCCAACUGCGCAGGAGAUAUUAUAGUGCUCAAGUGUACGCGCAGACACAAGUGCACUCUCUAUUCCUAUCACUCUCAUACUCCGGUGGGACAACCACUCGACACGACCGCAUGCUUUCACCAUUCCUGAGCAUGUAUUUGAGGUGGACAUUGUCAGCGCUCGCGUGCCUCUCGCUGGCCACUGCAGCCACGGCGGCUUCGACAGCAGAUCGGUACCAUCCGGAGAGACUAGCAUCGAAACAUAAUCUUCGGGCGUCUCUUAAUAGAGCAGAGACCACAAAAGAUUUUUGGUUUCAAGAUGCCAAAGCUGCUAUCGAAGAAAAAAUUAAACGAGGUUUUGGAGGAGAAACAAAGAAAGCUCGUAAUGUGGUGAUGUUCCUCGGCGAUGGCAUGUCUGUUCCUACGCUGACUGCUGCUCGUACGUUGUUGGGACAAAGAGAUAGAAAACCUGGUGAAGAGGCACAUCUCUCGUUUGAAGCUUUUCCAUCAGUUGGACUUGCUAAGACUUACUGCGUGGACGCACAAAUUGCUGAUUCGGCAUGUACUGCAACGGCGUACUUGUGCGGCGUGAAGGCGAACGAGGGGACCAUCGGGGUCACCGCCGAAGUGCCGAGAUGGAACUGCAGUGCUUCAGUCUCAAACUCAACACAUGUAGAAUCAAUUGCGGCUUGGGCUCUUCAGGAUGGACGUGAUGCUGGUAUUGUAACGACAACCCGCGUCACUCAUGCAUCUCCUGCUGGAGCAUACGCAAGAACAGCAAAUCGCAACUGGGAGAAUGAUGCUGAAGUACUCCUUGAUUCUGGAGAUCCUAACGUGUGCCCUGAUAUUGCUCACCAAUUAGUACAUUCAUAUCCUGGAAACCAAUUCAAGGUAAUCCUAGGUGGAGGUCGACGAGAAUUUUUACCAAGAACCAAUUCUGCAGAACCAGGCUUAAGAACAGAUGGUAAAAAUUUAAUAGACGAAUGGAUAACUAGCAAAGUUUCCCAAAACGCUUCCUACCAAUAUGUCCAAACUCGUCAAGAACUACUUCAAGCUAAUAAUACUUUGCCUGACUACUUGUUAGGAUUAUUCGAAUCAACCCAUCUUAAGUAUCACAUGGAGAGUAACCCAACCGAUGACCCUACAUUAGAGGAACUCACAGAAACAGCUAUAAGAAUGUUAAGCAGGAAUGAGAAAGGCUUCUUUUUAUUUGUCGAAGGCGGUCGCAUCGACCAUGCUCAUCACGACAACUACGUACAUCUCGCUCUCGAUGAAACAAUUGAGCUCAGUAAAGCAGUAGCCAAGGCUACCGAGCUUCUUUCUGAGGAAGAUUCAUUAAUAGUCGUUACCUCUGACCACGCACAUGUGAUGGCAUUCAAUGGGUACACACAAAGAGGUGGAGAUAUCCUUGGACCUUCGGACAGUACCGAUAGUAGUGGCGUGAAAUACAUGACUCUAUCUUAUACUAACGGACCCGGAUUCCGUCCUCAAGUCAAUGGUAUUAGACCAGAUGUCACACAAGAAUCUAACUAUGGUGAACUACGUUGGAGAGCGCAUGUAGACGCACCGCUGGAUUCAGAGACUCACGGUGGAGAUGACGUGGCAGUAUUCGCUCGUGGUCCCAAUCAGAAAAUGUUCACAGGAUUAUAUGAACAGAGCCACAUCCCUUACCACAUGGCGUACGCCGCCUGCAUCGGGCCCGGAGUCAUCGCCUGCAACGCCGCGGUUAUGCACGACGGC